AUGGGGAUGAGUCCGGUCGAGUCCGCAGAGAGCGAAGGGGAAGCAUCACAACCACAGCAGCUUCCCGUUCGACCUCGUACCAGUCGUGCGACAUCUGGAAGAAAGUCCACGCGGCUCAAAACCACCUACCAAUUCGCCCAUCCUGCCUCGCACGCUCGUCACAAACGGUUGCGACUGCGUCCGAAGCUCCUGCUACAGCUGCAACAAGUGUCGCAAACACCUCGACCACUGCCAGUCGUCGAUAUCCUCCCCUCGACUUCAUACCUCCCCCUGUUGGCGCGAAAAUUCCCCGCCAUCUAUCGCACCAGAAAUGGACUUGGUCCCUAUGAUUUGAUUGUAGUCAUCAGUGAACAGUACGAGCGAACGGUCACCAGCAUACCCGAAAAACACGUGAGUUCAGAGGAUGAGACGGACGACCAUCGCGAGGUAGUGGCGACUAUCUGUCAAAAGACGCAAGAAGAUGCUCGAUUGAAAGGCAAGGCAGAGAUCUGCUUGAAUUUUGGACCGGUCUGGGAGGCAACUCCACUUCCAAGUGGUUCAUACGAGUUUGUUGCGCAGACCGACAAUGGUGCGCAGGUUGUGCGAUGGGCGUUGCGCAGUGGGAGGAACCGCCGGAUGACCGCGCCUGCGGGCAUGAACUCCCGCGAUGAAGGCAAGCGAUUCACCUUCAGCGUUCUCGACCCGACCACCCGCCGACACCCUGUCAUUGCAUCCAUGACUCGCAAUCAGUUAGAAGUCCACGAUGAGUACUCCAUGACUACCCGGACCGGUACUGGCCCUACGACUCCGACUUCCGCAAUGUCCGUAGUAAGCGAUGCCUCGGAUGACAUGCCACUUGAUGCGAAUAUUGUUACGCUUGAGGAUGAAUUGCGAACCUUGAUCAUAACCACCGGCGUCUGGGUCGCCUUCCGCGAGGGGUGGUCCCAUAAUUUCAGCUACGGCGACCCGAUCUCCUCCGGCGCACGAUCAGUCGUGUCUCCAGCUUCCUCAAGAGCUGCAUCUCCGACGGUAACCAGGAAUGACCACGACCCUUUCCCUGACAAUGACGAGGCCAGUCCCACGAAAGGAGCCAGUGGCAAGCGCUGCAUGUCAAUAUCAGGUGUUCGACGUUCCAACACAACCGCGGCGGCAGACGAUACGCAAUAUGGAAGCCUGUCAAAACGCUCAAACUCGACCGGCGCUGCAUUCAUGGAGCGCGCUAAACGACGCUCUGCCUCGGGACUGAGUACUCGGCUGAACCGGCACAGCAUGUUCACUACAGGCGAGCAUGGCCGCGAUAUCGUCGUCUCCCGCUCUCGUCCUGCAUCGUUACGCCAAAAUUCUUCCUCGUCAGAAGAGCCGUCUCAUCUGCCUAUCCGAUCGAAAACCCCGACUCUCAAGCCGGAGAAGGAGAACACAAAACCUACGAGGUCAGACAAAGACAUUUCAUCCUCAACUCCUCACCAGGCACAAAAGGGUACUAGAAAAGAGAAGCCCGAACCAUCCAAACAAGACAUAAUCGAUCCAACUUCCAAGCCCAAACGCCGACACCGUCUCAGUACCUUUUUCCACAUGUUUAGCCGAAAGCACGAUAUUCAUUGA